AUGAAAACUAUCGAAGUAUCAGCAGUUCUUAUGAUUCCUGUACUUUUAUUUGGCAUGUUCGGUAAUCUAAGCUUGCUCAGCGCAACAUACAGAUUCAAACAGCUCCGAAAUCGCAACGGAAUUUUGGUUGCACUAAUUGCCUUUUUGGACUCUAUAAGUGAAUUACAUGAAUCAAAGAAUGCGAUUGAAGUACUGUCUGGCAAAUCACUGAUGCCACGCAGCGUGUGUUUUCGCUCGAUUUUUCUGUAUUUAGUUUCAUUCAACAUGGCUUGCAUCGCGAUUCUUUUCCUGGCCAUCGAUAGGUUCAUUGCCGUGUGGUCACCGUUAAGUUAUCGUACUAUCAGAACUAAACAUUUCAUUCUUGUAACAAUUACUGUUGGGCUUGCUUACGCGAUACCAAUUGCCACCAUCAAUUUCGUCGCAGCCGAUGAUAAGCUGAUUGAGCCUUGCAAUCCUCCUAUGUCGUAUACGAUACGGUUCAGAGUCAUCAGAAACUAUAUUUACCUUGCCAUCACUAUGCUCGUGAUCAUCCUGAAUGCAAUUAGCUAUCUAAUUAUUCAUUCUGCAAAAAAGAAGCAAAAGCAAAAUACAUGUACGUUUUCUUCCGCGCAAAUUCGCAGCUAA